AUGACGAAAAUAACAGAUGCAGCAACGAGACAGGCAGUUCAAAGUGCCUAUGACGCCGUUAGAGCAACUGUUGUGGAAAGUCAAGAAAAAGAGUUACAACAGACCAAAACAGACCUAGUAAAUGCUUUCUUAAGAACGAAAAGUCAGGUAGGACAUUACGCUGCAGAUGGAACAUAUGUGCCAGCUGGUGGAACUUAUAUACCACCAAACCCUCCAAGAGAAGCACCUGCACCAGGACUACCUAGAACAUUUACAUCGUCACAUGGACACAGACACAGGCAUGCACAACAACCAGCACAACAACCAACAGUUCAAAAUCCAGCACAACAACAACAACCAGCACAGCAACAACAACCAGCACAGCAACCACCUCCACAACCAGCACAACAACCACAAACAGAGCAAGGACAUAAAAGAAGUAGAGAACAAGGAAACCAAGAAUUCUUAAAAAUGCUUAAAGAAGAGUGUGGUUUCCCAGAUACUAUUGACUUUAGUGACAGAUAUAAAGAAGCUAUUAGAAAGUUCAAGGAUGGAAAUACUGACCCGAACCUAUUUAGCUUUAUGACUCAGCACCAAAUGGGAUAUAAUUUCAAACCUGGAAAAUACAAGCUCGCUAAGGGAUAUGAUUUAAUAGCAUAUCAUCCAAAUGACAUGAACGAAUUUACUCCGAGAUAUUUGAUGUCAGAGCUAAAUGACAAUACAACUUUCGUCAUGAAACGCGUAAAAAAUAGAGACGGAACGAAAGAACAAAAGCUUAUGAAUGCGGAUGACGUAGAUAGGGAAAUUGUUGAAAACGGUCUCGGAAUAUAUGAAAUGCCAGCAGAUGAGGUACAAGAAACUCCACAGGAAGAAGUUCAGAUACAACCAGACAUGGAAGAAAUAGUUCAGCAACAACAGCUAGAAGAGCCUGAAGGAAACGAACAAGUCACUCCUUUGGAAACUAACUUCACAGAACUAGAUGAAGAUUUGGAACAGCCGAAAAAUCUUGACCCUCAACAAGAGCAUGAGGUGAAUAUGGAAUCUUUCCAAGAGUCUAAGAAAGAUUCGGCUGACAUAGUAGAAGAAUAUCGAAAAAUGUUUGCCGACAUACAAAAGACUCCAACACCAGAUGAAAAUAUUCAGCAUAGAAUGAAAGUACUGAAAGAAAAUGUACACAAAUACAACAACCCUUUUUACUUACGAGCAUUUAACGUUCAAUCUUCGGAUGAACUCG